ACCGCCCUCAUCCCACUCCCACCAAGCUGGCUCCGCCCCUCAGGCUUCCCUUGGUAAAUAAGGAGGGCGCGUGCGCGCGUGCGCAGGCGCAGUCCGUUAGCGCCCCGAGCCGCGCACUCACGGUAACGGUAAGAUGGUGUCUUUGGUACCUUUUGUGGUUCCCAUCGUGGGUGACAAAACCUUGCUGGUGUGGGAGCUGAGCUCUGGACCCACGGCCGAGGCCUUGCAACAUUCUCUGUUCACAGUCUUCUCCCAGUUUGGCCUUCAGUAUUCGGUCCGAGUCUUCCCAAAUGCAGCAGUGGCCGGUCCUGGGUUCUAUGCCAUCAUCAAAGUUUAUUCAGCAAGGGAUGCCCACAGAGCCCAAAAGGCAUGCGACCAGAAGCAGCUUUUUCAGACAUCUCCAGUGAAGAUACAUCAGAAAUAUAUCUACACGUGGAACUGCUCCUAUAGAACACCCACGCUGGCAGAAGACCUCAGACCUCCCAAAAGGCAAGAUACUCCCCACGUACCUGGGUAGGGCAAAAGAAAAAAGAAAUAACAGAGACGAAAGAAUAGGGACGGGAGCUGCAUC